AUGGUGAAAAGAACUAGAGCAGAAUGCUUAAUAACAAAUCUUCCACAAUUGCAAAACAAAAUCAAGCGAGAUGCCAAGUCAUACAAGGAUGAGUUUAUGCAACAGCUACGCCAUUUCGAAUCCACUCUUGCUAUCUUCAAUCUCAAACCACAGGAUUCUGUCAUUUCUGAGGAAUUUGCCGACCAAAUUCUGUUUAUUAGCCAUGUUGUUCUUUGCUAUCCUGCAGAAACAAAAGAGUUUCCUGGCAAAUUGAUCGACUUGCUGUCUAAUCAUUACCAGCUUAUGGCACCGGAUAUCAGAAAAACAAUGGUCCAGGCAUUGAUUUUAAUGCGGAACCGUGGAGUUAUCCAGCCAACAACGCAAGUAUUAAUUGGAUUUGUAAUUAUCUUGCUUGGUCUUUUCUUCACCUUGUUCCGUUGCAAAGACAAGGUGCUUCGUCAGAUUCUUCACUCUCAUAUCGUCAGCGACGUCAAAAACUCGAAUGUAAAGUCUAAAAACAAUGCCAUGAACAAGACCCUUCAAAAUUUCAUGUACACGAUGCUAAAUGAUACGAACGAGGUCGCCGCAAAGAAAUCGAUAGAAGUCAUGAUUGAGCUGUACAAAAAGAAUAUUUGGAAUGAUGCAAAAACUGUUAAUGUCAUUGCGGAAGCAUGCUUUUCACACUCACCAAAGAUUGUUGCUUCAGCAAUACACUUUUUCCUUGGAACUAAUGAUAAGGAAGAAGAGUCGGAUGACGAGGAUGCUCAAGAUAUCACUAGUGUACGUCAUGCCUUCCAAAUCAACAAGAAAAAAAAGUCUCGUAUGCACAUGCUUGAAAAGGCAAAAGCGUCAAUCAAAAGAAAAGAACGUAGUAAAUCCAGAGCAGAAGUAUUUAAUUUUUCAGCACUUCAUCUAAUCAAUGAUCCACAAGGGUUUGCCGAAAAGAUCUUUUCUCGACUUCGCCAAGCGGCAAACAAGAAUGCAUUUAAAUUUGAACUUCGUAUGCACAUGAUGAAUCUUGUAUCUCGACUUAUUGGCGUGCACCGGUUGAUUCUUCUUGGAUUUUACGAGUUUCUUGUUCCUUACUUGAAACCCCAUCAACAAGAUGUUACUCUGAUUUUAGCUUAUGUUGCGCAGAGCUCGCACGAGUUGGUUCCGCCUGAUGCACUGGAGCCUGUUGUCAGAGCCAUUGCAGAUAAUUUCGUUUGGUGUAAUUUCUCGUCUGAAGUUGUUUCUGCUGGACUCAAUGGUCUUCGUGAAAUUUGUACUCGUUGUCCACUUGCUAUGCCUGAAGAGCUUCUUAAAAGUCUUCUUGAAGAUUACAAAAACCAUCGCGAAAAGGGACCCAUGAACGCUGCUAGAUCAUUGUUGAGUCUAUAUCGUGAAAUUAAUCCAGAAAUGCUGCGCAAAAAGGACAGAGGAAAAGCAGCAACUAUGGGACUCAAGACCUUCAAACCAAAGCAAUAUGGUGAAAUUGAUCUCAAGGACGAUAUUGACGGCAUUGAGUAUCUUGAUGAAGAUGACGAGCCUGAGGGUACUGGCGAGGAAAAUCAAUCUGAUGAUGAGGCAGACUUUGACUUGGUAUCUGACGAGGAGGAAAGCGUUUUACUUGAAGAUGAUGAAGAUGAAGAUGAAGACGAAGAUGAAGAUGAGGACGAGGAAGAUAGUGAUGAUGAUGAGGUAGAAGAGAAUGAAGAGGAAGUUAAAGAGGCCCAUGAAUCAGAAAAGGAAGCACUCGCCACAAGUCCUAUUAAAAAGCGCAAAUUUGGUAUCACUGGUGAAACCUUACUUACAGACAAAGAUUUUGCACGUAUUCGCGAGCGUCGUAUGGAGGUUGAAGCAGAGCGAGUGGCUGGCAUGCGUGGUGCAAAAGCCCAGCUGGAUAGCGAUUCUGAAGACAAUGACCCAAGCAUUGUUAAUGUGUCUCGUAUUAUUUCAGGAAAUCGUAAAAAGAUGGACUAUGCUGCUCGUAUGGAAACGGUCAAGGUCAAGGAAAAGAGAAACAAGGCAUUUAUGAUGAUUAUCCACAAGCGAGAGGUGCGUGGAAAGGCUCAAAGAUCUCUGUUUGAUAAGCAGCGUACAAUGCGUGCCCAUAUUAAGAAACAAAAACGAAAGGGCCAUUAA